AUGCUCCUCCCCUCCUCCUCCGCCUCAAGCAUCGCCUGGAUCGGCAGCACGCAAGCCUUCCUCCUCCUCUCCGCCGGCGCCCUCACCGGCCCCCUCUACGACGCCGGCUACUUCCGCGCCCUCCUCUUCACAGGCACCCUGCUGCUCGUCGCCGGCCAAACCCUACUCUCCCUCUGCACCUCGUACACGCAGAUCUUCCUCGCGCAAGCCCUCUGCAUCGGCUUCGGCACCGCCGCGCUCUUCGUCCCCUCCGUCGCAAUCCUCACCACCUACUUCUCCACCCGCAUCGGCGCCGCCAUCGGCCUCGCCGCCGCCGGCUCCAGCGCAGGCGGCGUCCUGUACCCGAUCGCCUUCCACGCGCUGCUCCCCCGCAUCGGCUUCCCCUGGACCACGCGCGCGCUCGCGCUCCUCGUCGGCGCUACAAUGGCCAUCCCCUGCGCCGUCAUGCGGCCCCGCACGCGGCCGCCGCACACCCGCGCGCUGCUCGACCUCGCCGCGUUCCGCAUCCCGGCCUACACCCUGCAGGUCGCCGGCUUCGCAACGGGGUUCAUGGGCCUGUACAUGCCGUUUUUCUUCGCGCAGACGUACGCGCUGGACCGCCGUCUGACCAGCCCGGAUCUCGCGUUCUACCUGCUCGCCAUCAUGAACGGCGCCAGCGUGUUCGGCCGCAUCGUGCCCAACGUGGCAGCCGACCGCGUCGGCGCGCUGAAUGUCGUCGUGCCGUGCUGCGCCGUCGCGGGCGCGCUGUGCGUGUGCUACGUCCCCGUCACGGGGACACCCGGGCUGUGCGUGCUGAUGGCCGUGUAUGGGUUCUUCUCGGGUGCGUUUGUGAGUCUGCCGCCCACCGUGGUGGUGGCGCUGAGUCAGGAUGCGAGGGAUAAGAUUGGGACGCGCAUGGGGCAGAGUUUUUUCGUGGUUGGGGUCGGGGUGCUGGUUGGCACGCCGGUUGGGGGGGCGGUGUUGGAUCGCUGGGGGUGGGGCGCGCUGUGGGGGUAUGGCGGGGGCAUGUUGUUUCUGGGCGCGGGGUUUUUGGGGGCUGCGCGGAUGGUGGCGGGGGGGUGGCGGUGGAGGGUUAAAGUGUGA